CUUUUCUCCACUCACCGAUGCGGGAAACGCGAACUGCUGUUUAUAAAUUGCAGAAGCGAAGCUGUGAGAAUAACAUGAAAACGCCAGUGAGUGUUCUGCGCUUGCCCAGAGGACCUGAGCCCAACAGCCGUGGAUUUGACCCAAACUCCCCUCGUUACAUCGCGCUGUGUCCUACAACAAUUCCAGCUUCAAAAGGGAAUGAAGCAGAUUUUGUAAACCUCGAAGAGGAACAACAGUUGCGUUCAGAGCUUAGAGAGCGUUUUCUACGCAGUCUUAUAGCAAUGACGGACAAGCAGGUUCAGUUCAACCUGUACGAGAAGGUUCAAGUUCAAGCGAAGUUCGGAGCUUCGGACAUAGACGUUCUGAACUUUCAAGUUUCUGAUCUACAGACGCCUCUUGGUGUGCAGAAGGAGGCCCUGCUCAGGUGUCAGGACAUGAUUUCAUAUUCUUUUCACUUGUGAAUUUGGGUGGUGUUGUGAACUUAUAUAAAAGAGACAUUUAUUUAUUCCCCUGAUUGAACAGGAGGUGGCAAAAUCUGAUGUAUUUGAGGAGAUGGGUGAAAAUACUCAACAUGCAGUUCAUAUAUGCGCCACAAGAGGGAGGCAGAACUAUGGUUUACUUUUGAGUGAGGU